ACUUCUUUCUCCUCCUCACUCUGCAUCUCAAAUCUCUCUCAAAACAUACCUCCUCUCUUCAUUUAUCUCCCUCUCUCUCCCCUCCCUCUUGGAUCUCUGCCUAGCUACUGCUCUCCCUGUCCGUUCUCCUCCAUCCCUCCUUCAGCCACUCUGUGUUCCUCUCGUGGAUCUUCCCUUCUCUUCCUGUCUCCUCUCUGAAGCUGUCACUGUCUCGUGUGUGGAAACAUGUCAACCGUUCUGGAUGUGGAGCAGAAUGCAUGCACUGGAGAUGCAGUGGAGCAUGACAUUGAGACGCCCCACGGUGUGCUCCAUGUGACUGUGAGAGGAACCCCUAAGGGCAACCGUCCCGUCAUUCUGACCUACCAUGACAUCGGCCUCAACCACAAGUCCUGCUUCAACACACUGUUUAACUUUGAGGACAUGAUGGAGAUCACUCAGCACUUUGCGGUUGUGCAUGUGGACGCCCCUGGCCAGCAGGAGGGAGCACCUCCCUUUCCCACAGGGUACCAAUACCCCACCAUGGAUGAGCUGGCAGAGAUGUUACCCUCAGUCCUGACUCAGCUGAAGGUGAACAGUGUGAUUGGCAUUGGCGUGGGAGCAGGAGCGUACAUCUUAACCUGCUUUGCUCUGAAUCAGCCGUCUCUAGUGGAGGGGCUGGUUUUGAUCGAUGUGGACCCCUGCGCUGAGGGCUGGAUAGACUGGGCUGCUUCUAAGCUCACUGGGUGGACUAGCAAUCUCGUGGACAUUGUGAUGGCUCAUCACUUCAGCACUGAGGAGCUGACUGACAACCAAGAACUGAUUCAGACGUACCGCCUGCACAUUGCCCAGGACAUCAACCAGGACAACCUGGCCCUCUUCUGUGGCUCAUACAAUGCGCGUCAAGACCUUGGAAUUGAGAGGCCAAUUGCCGGUCUCAAUGAAAAUACAGUGAAGACACUCACAUGCCCUUCUCUGCUGGUGGUUGGAGACAUGUCCCCUGCUGUGGAGGCUGUGGUUGAAUGCAACUCUAGGUUAAAUCCAACAAAGACCACUUUGCUGAAGAUGGCUGACUGUGGCGGUCUGCCUCAGGUUGUUCAGCCUGGAAAGCUGGCCGAAGCCUUCAAAUACUUUGUACAGGGAAUGGGAUACAUUCCUCAUGUUUUGCUCAGCCAUCUGGGGAUUGAAUCAGUACCAGCGGCUGGCAUGACCCGUCUGUCUCGAUCCCGAUCCUCCUCGUCCAGCAUCACUUCCACCGAUGGCUCACGCAACCGUAACCUGAACAGCCCUCUGGACGGGCCCAACUCUGGAGUCCUGGACAACCACGGCAGGACACAAACUAUGGAGGUCUCCUGCUAAAGCCCGGCCCUCAGAAGCUGCUGUCUGCUGACCUUUCACCUAUAACCGCUUGUUAUUUGUGUCCUAGAUUCCCAUGUUUCUAAACCCUUUAAAAGUGAGACAGGGGAGGCUUGAAUGAAAUGUAUGAAAUUCUGAAGGUAUGCUUAUUAAAUAUUUACAUGUUAAUAUACGCUAGCCAAAUUUGAAGUCAUUAAAGCAGAUAAAAUGAAAUACUAAUAUAUAUUUACACAUGAAGGGUCUUCCACCAGGCUUUGAAUUUUUUAUAUUUGUUAGCAUUACAUUCCAUUUCGUUUUUGAUUGUUAGAGUGUUUUUAAACCACUCACUAUACACAAAACACAUGCAUUAAAAUUUGAGUUUUUCUUUGAUGGUGUGACCUGUGACCUUUCCUGUGCUCUUUUCUUUCUACACUGUGUGAUAUUGUCUAAUUUGCCAUCCCAGUUAACUUUCUUGUUUAUCUUAUGAAUGUAUAAGAACUGACUUUUGUUGUAUUUAUAUUAAAAACUACCAAUCUUCAUUUUCAUUUAUUUUUUGAAAUAUAUAGUUACAUUAGGACACCACUCUUUUAAAUAUGCAAAGCCAACGUAGCAAGGCCUUGGUAUGAGAUAAAAUCAUGUUUUCUUAGGUUUUUUUUUUUUUUUUUACAUUUACUCCCUAACCGUUAUUUAACAUUAUUAUUGUAAAUCAAAACAUUUAUUGAUGUACACAUGUAACGACAGCUUUCAUAGACAUGAAUGUGAUUAUGAAAUAAUGUCUAAGUCACUGUCCACUGAUUCGCAAUUACUAAAUAAAGUUAGAUCAUGGAAAAUAA